AAUGAAGCUCUUUGUGUUGAUGACGUGCCUGCUCGCCUCCGCCUUGGCUGCUCCUGUAAGUCUCUCCUAAGUAUAGAUCUCCAUUUUUAACCCACUCUUUAAUAUUCCUAACACUGUUUUUUUUACUCUAACUGUAUGAAAAUAAAACUCUUCCUUCCUUAUUUCUCUUGCUUGGUUUGCAGGUUGCUGAUAGUGAAAGCAAUGAGGUAAGAUGAAGACUAGUGUGCUUUUCUUCGUGUCUGUCUGCCCUUACAUGUCACACCAUGUUUUUGUCAUGUCAUCAAGUGAAGAGUAGGAUAUAUGUCUGAUACUGAGAGGAUAAUUGACUUAAUUGCAGCUCAUGUCUGGAGAUGUCUGGUAUUUCUUCAGCAGGUUGCGGCACACGCUAAUGAAGCCCUGAGGUGGAUGGAGAUGUACAGGCUGUACCAGCAGCAGGUAGAGGGGGUUUAUUAUAGCAUAAAAAAAGACAAUAAUUAAAUACUCUAAAUGACCUUACUGAUUUAGAAAGUAACGGGAAACAUCAUCAAUUAUACUGUUAAUCUGUAUUUUUCAGGGGAUAGUUGGAAACCCCUUCCUCCCUGCUGCUGAUGCUCCUGUAAGUUAAAAUCUUUGUGGACUCUAACACAACUUUUCUUAUGAAGUUAUUGGGAAGCUAAAAUGCAUUUAAAAAGUUCCUACUUCAACAUGAAUUAUUCAUUUGUUUAGGCAGAUCCACUUGGAGCAGCAGUGGUAGGCACAAACACAGCACUGCAACAUCUCCCCUGUCAAAUCCCUAAAAGCUCUUAUGGUUAAAUCUGUUUUCGUUAUGCAGUUGGAAGCUGCACCGGCACAGGCAGCUGACGUCCCCCCUCCUGCCCCUGUUGCUGUCGGAGAUGCUUCAGAGGAGGAGGCAGAGGUGAGCAAACACCUUCACAUUUAACCAAAGUAAAUGUGGAUCUCUCUACGGGUCUAUUUGGGGGAAAAAUAUUGGUUUCACAGCCUACUAGAGUUUAUUAGCUUGCAUGUGGCGACUGCCUGUGAGGAUUGUAAAAACAGCACACGGGCAGCCGAGUAGCACUCACAGAGAGCAUUUCUAAAAAGGACAGGUGCAUUGAAUUCCAGCCGAUGUGCCACAACAGUGAAUUUACCUCUCAAAACAAAUUCAUAAAAAGCUAUCCCUGGGGUAGGGGAACGUGAAUGUUUGUCAUUGUGCUUGAUUUUAUCUCUACCUUAGCAAAAGAAAAAUAGGCUCUGGCGGCUAUUGAAGUGACAGUGUGAAGACAUGCCUGUAACCCUGCAGGAAGACACUUACUCUGAAGCAGCACGGAGAUCGAAUUUGAUCAUUCAGACACUGGCUUUUUUAACUGGUUGUACUGUUAGCAGUCAGAUGUGAAAUUCCAACGGUGGCCAGCAAAAAAACUUUAAAAAAUUAGGUGAAUAUUUUGUUUACAGUUGUCUUUUUUAAAGAGAAAGAAAUUGACAUAUUCUGUCUUGUGGGCCCUUAAAGUGCAGGAGUUAUUUCAGCAUGUAAGUGCAUUGUGUUUGGAUAAGGUUGUAGGAUGAGAUUUACACAGACUGAGAGACAGAAAAAAAAAAAAACUGGCUGCUACAGUUUAGAAAACACAACCAGAGUUAUCUUCCAUACAUCUUAAUUUACUUGUUAAUGUAGGGUGACCAUACGUUCUCUUUUAUCCGUACGUGUCCUCUUUGUGGGGGCUGUCCAGCUUUAUCCAGGGAAGUUUAUAAAAUCCUUCAAAUGUCCGGGGUUUUGUAUGGAAGUUUGGAGUUUGUGUCACCUGGACUUACUUAGUUAGAAGCGCAUAAAAGACACUCGAUCCAACCUGAAAAACUCUCAAAAUUAACUUUGUGCGACUCUGUGAAGCUGCCUCUGCGUAAUUGUCUCCUCUUUAUGGUCACCCUAGUUAAUGUGAAUGUAUCAUGAAAUCUCUAACAUCAGCUUGUAUGAACAAUUUCUGUUUCGUUCGAUCUAAGCAAACUUACAUUUAAAGUGUCAUGAACUUAACAGAUCUCUAUUAUUUAUAUAGUUUCCUGAGUUUUUGUUGGUCAUCACAUGGAUUUGUAAAUCAGGAUCAUGUACCUGUCAGUUGUAGGUCAUUUUCUUGUCAUUUUCUCUGCACAGGAAGGCAACGCUGCCCCUAAAGCUGCAGCACCUGCUGCUGCUGCUGCUGCUGCCCCCUUGAAUUCAGAUGAGGUUGAGGAAGCUGAGGAGGUGGAGGCAGCAGAGGCCGAACCAGCUGUGGUCGAAGUAGCACCAGCAGAGCCUGCAGCAGAGCCUGCAGCAGACCCUGCAGCGGCUGUGGAGCCAGCUGUAGUGGACGCCCCUGUGGAUGCUGCAGCAGCAGUUGAUGCUGCAGCUGUGGAUGUGCCUCCUGUUGAUAUAGUCCCUGUUGAUGUUGCCCCAGCUGCCCCAGAAGUGGCUGUAGAUGCUGCUCCAGCAGGUGUCCCUGCUGCUGAUGCCCCGGUAGCAGAGGUUGACACAGCUGGAGUCUCAGCUGAUCCUGUUGUACUGUAGUUAUCUUCUAAUAAUUACCAGCCUGAGUGCCUCUGUCAUCUAUCAGCAGCAAGAGUAAGAGCAGGAAACAGUAAUAGCUGAUGUAGUUUCAGAAAACAAGGAUAAAAGGUUGUUGUUCUUUGACAAGAGACUGAAAAAAAACAUGUCAAAGUACUUAAGACUGUGAGGAGUAGAUGUAGCCACAUGCUCAGAGUAAAUGAAGUCAAACGCUGCCAUUUGAUAUCAAUGUCCACAGGAGUUUAUUCUAUAAUCUGGCCUGGAUCACUUGACUUUUAGAGUUUUCUCACUCUAAAGACACAUUAAAGCCUUGGGAUCUGGCUAUUAAGUGAUUCUAGCUAUAAAAACAAAAGAUUCUCCUGGCAAAAAGACCAAAAUGUCAAAGUGAGUGACUUCCCAGUGGCUACACCUACUUCUUCUGUACAGUCUAUGAAAAAUAUGAUAUAAAUAACAGUGAAGCUCAAGUGUUUCACGAUUCUUGUGUUUCCUUUGUGGUGUCUAUUUACAAUUCUGAACAUGAGAUAUCGUUCUGAUUAGCCCUGACUGUAUAUUCAUGUGUGCUCAAAAAAUAAAGGUGUGUUUUUUAAGGAUUUACAGGCUGCAGAGAGUUUGGUAAAAUAAGAAAAAAGCAGGUUUUAGCAACAACAAUGAUGGGGGCUCAAGUCUAUUCAAAUGUACCUAGCCAUGUGAUGUGAACCUGCAUACAAGACCACUAAACGUGUCAGCCACCGUCAAUUUAAUGUGUUCAUCUGCAAUUCUCUCACUGUUAAUCGUCAAAAUGUCUGCUUAAGUGUUUGGAAAUGAAAUAAAAGAAUGGUGUCUGAGACAAA